AUGGCCAUGCCGCCUCGCCGCACGAGCAUUGGGAGGCAGCGGAUCGAGAUCCGCCCCAUCGAGAACCAUGAGGCGCGUCAGGUAAGCUUCUCCAAGCGCCGCAGGGGCCUCUUCAACAAGGCCAGCGAGCUCGCCAUCAUGUGCGGCGUCGAGCUGGCCGUCGUCGUCAUCUCCCCCGGCGGCAAGGCCUUCACCUUCGGCGACCCCUCCGUCCACGCCAUCCUCGAGCGCUUCGAUCUGGCCGGGGCGGCGCCGGCGGCCCGGGAAGGAGGAGGAGGCGCUGGUGGAACGGCGGUGGCGGAGCUCGAACGUCGGUUCGGGGAGCUGCGUGCGCUUCUGGAAACGGAGGAGGCCCGGAGGGAGAGCGCGGUGGCGGCCAUGGCGGCGAAACGCGCCGCCGCGAGCCCCGUGACGGCGUUGCUACAGGCUCACGUCCGCGACCUUGGGGAGGCUCAACUGAGGGUCUAUGAGGCGGCGCUGGAGGAAACGCAGCUCGCCGUCACGGCGCGCAAGAACCAGGUGCUCCAGGACACUUUCAACUACGACCGCGCCAUCGCGGCCAGGGCACGCCCCAUCAACAACAACCUGCAAGUUCAACGGACGCCUCCACAGACCCUCCCCAACAACCAAGUGCUGCCGACGGCGCAGCAGUUCGUCGCCAACAACCAGGUUCAGCCGACGCCGCAGCAGCUCCUCGGCAACAUCCAGGUGCAGCCGAUGCCGCCACAGUUCCUUGCCAACAACCAGGUGCAGCCGACGCCGCAGCAGCUCCUCGCCAACAACCAGGUGCAGCCGACGCCGGAGCACUUCCUCGCCAACAUCCAGGUGCAGCCGAUGCCGCAGCAAUCCCUCGCGAACAACAGUGUGCAGCAGUUCCAAGCCAACAACGACGGCGGGUUUGAUCAGUUUGGUGCAGGCAGCAGUAGUAGCGCCAACAAUGGCGAGAUGGAGAUGCAGAUGAUGAUGACGCCCCUGCCGGGGUUCGACGACGCCGACCUAGAGAUGAUGAUGAUGGACUGGAUGGAGCUGGGGCUCGGCUUCCCUGACCCUUGCUGA